GCGAGGAAGCCGCGGGCGCGCGAGGCUGCCCCACUGGAGACGCGGAGGCUCGGCGCGGGAGGACGCCGAGGGCGUCAUCCUUGCCGGGCAAGGUCAAGAAGCACGGCCUGGGGCCGUACGCGCGGCGCAACCAGCGCCAGCGGGCGCAGGCCGCCUCGGCCGCCUUGGCCAGCGCGGCAGCCGACCCCUGCCCGGCGGGGCGCCCCAGCAGCGCAGGCGCGCCGGGGGCCGAGCCCCGCCGCGGACGCCGCGUCGGAGGCCGAGCGCCGCUGGAGGGGCCACGAGAGCCGCCUGCGGGCGAUCCUGGACGAGAUGGAGUGCGCGAUCGUGCCGGAGAACACGUUCCUGACGGUCCUCGAGGCCACCCAAGCGGACGGCGACCGCCCCCGCCACGCCAGCUGCCCCCCCGCGCUCUCGCCCAGCGGCGGGCCCGAGGCGGAGGCACGCCCCAGACCAGCCGCGGAGCUCUUCCCGAGAGCGGCCGCGGACCUCGCGCCCGAGGCAGCCGCACCGCGCCGUGACGAGGCGGCACCAGACCAGCGAACGCUCCAGCCGCUGCAUCUGAUCGAGGUCCCCGCCCGCCAUUUGGAGCCCGCUGACCUGGCCGACGCCCUCGCCGACGACGGCGGCGCGAUGGCCGCAUACUUCGCGGCCGCCGCCGCCGCCGCCGCGGAGCGCACGCCCGUGGCGGCCGCGGACCGCGCGCCCAUUGCGGAGCUCGCGCCCGCCGCGGCCGCCGCGGACCGCGCGCCCGCCGCGGAGCUCACGCCCGCCGCGCCCGCCGCCCUCGCGGCCGCCGCGGAGCUCGCGCCCGCCGCGCCCGCCGCCCUCGGGCCCGUGGCGGCCGUCGCGGGGGCCGCGGCCGCCGCGGCCGCUGCUGAGCGCGCGUUUGCCGGGGCGGCCGCGGAGGCCGCGCUCCGCGUGGCGCCGCCCGCGGCCGGCCUCGGCGCCGACCUGCUGGAGUGGCUUGUCCGGCACGCGGCGCGGAGCGACGCGCGCGCGGCGGCUCUGGAGCGCAGGGUGGCCGCGUUGGAGGAGGAGUGCGCCCAACUGAGGCGGGCUGCCCUGGGCGAGCACUUCCUGCCCCGCGUGGAGAGCGAGGGCGGGCGCGCGGCGCCGGCCGACGCUGCGGCGCACGCCCAGGCGGCCGCCUCGGCGCCCGCCGGAGCGGACGGGGCCUCUGCGGGGGCGGUGCCCGGCCUGACGAUGUCCGGGCUGGUGGCGCGCGGCGAGGCGACGCCCGGCUCUGCCCGCACGUCGCCGGUCGCGGGGGCGAGGCUCUGCUCCAAGAUGGCGUUCUUCUGAGGGCCCCGGCCGCGCCAGAACGGAUAAAAGGGGGCGCGGCUGUGCUCCAGAGUCAGAUGCUUCGAGAUCACGCGGCAC